AUGAUGAAACGAAUCGUUUCGAUUUUUUUGAUUUUCGUAUUUUCCGCUGAAUGCCAUUAUGCUGAUGAUGCUUGCGAAUGGGAUGAUUAUGAUGAUAAUCAAGUACGAAUCGACGAGAAUGGAUGCCCACACGGAUGGAUGUACUUCGCUAGACAAAAGGGUCCCUAUUGUGCGACGGUGUUCGCCGGAAUCGUCGAUUACAACGAGGCUGAGCUGAAAUGCCAAAAAUUCGGAGGAAGUCUGGCGAGUGUUGAAACGCUCGCUGAGCGCAAUUUCCUAACACAAAAGGGAGGUGAAGUGAUCAAAGCGAACGGAUAUUCGUCUGGCGGAAUUUGGCUUGGCGCCAGACGUCGUUCCGAAUGCUUGGGAAGGAAGUGGAAGACGAAGAAGGAAUGCCAGCGCGGAAACAAGAAUGCGUUCGUUUGGACAGACAACAACGCGGUCGGAUUCGACGGAUUCACAUUCCGAAACGGUCAGCCGGAUUAUAAUGCCGAAAAACAAGAAUGCGUUUAUCUUUUUGUUGGCAAUGACCUCAAUGAUGCGCAUGGACUUUGGAUUGCUGGAUAUAUGGAUGAUGCAAGAUGUACGUACGUGAAAAAUGCUCGCAGUAUUGGAAGAUCGAUUAGAGGAUACGCGUGCGGAAUUCCUGCACAAAAAUAA